AUGUCUGAUCAUUCAGCCCCUUCACGCACACAUGCCGAGGAUAUACGUGUGAAAUCACAUUAUAAAGUGCAGGAAGGGUGCGACGGAGGAAACGGCCGGGUUGCUCAAUGGAUCGAGCGAGUUGACGAUCCGGCGCAGGAUUCCCGCCCGCUGCCUUCUCGGCGCAUCCAAACAGCUGUGUCCGAGACACUUGCGUCGCCCCAGGACGUGAACUCAACCCCGAAAGCUCUUCCGCAGCUUCCCGAACAACUUCGUCUCAGAGACACGCAAGAGUUUCACCGUUCUUCCAGACUGGACUCAUCACAGAUAGGAUUGCUCGGUACGGCCGGCCCAAGAGAUUCGUCGAUCGGUGCCCGAGCCGAAUCUUCGUUGCCAAACAAGCUGCCGACACGACGAUCGUCUUCGCUGGCGCGUUCUCUUCCUAGGAAGUCCGAUCAAAGCGCCAGCCGUGACCCAUCACAGGGCACAAAGGCCUCCUUACGCGAUGAGAAGGCCAGCAGCAAUGAUGAUUCCACGGAUGACUUUUCUGACGCGCCACCGAUACCUCCACGGCGAACCCCGGUGCCCGGCUCAGCAUACUCUACGGGCAACACAUUGGCCAUCUCUUCACAGGUGGGAUGGUCGACCCCCCAGCGCGCCGUGCCAGAUUUCACGCCUCGAGCGCCCAUGUUACCGAGCCGAAACCUACGCCGUGGGUCUACAAGCCUUGCGACAGCCUCCACUCGAGGGCACGAGUACCCUGAUUUCAAAAACUCUAGCAAGGCUUCUGCGCGGUCUGAUUCGCUGGCAGCAUUACAGCAAGGCGCGCGGCAUGUUUUGGCAACCCGAAUUCAGCAGCCCAAGGUCGUUAAAUCGGCCUCUUCCACGCGGAAAAGUGAUGUUUAUGCUUCCAACCCUCAGCUUAGAUCGAAGUCCACCGCGAGACUUCCUUCUCGUGCAGACGGCAGCCGAUCUGAGUUUCGAAAUGGGCCGCCAGUCUCGACCGCGGGCCAUGAGACAGAUACCGGAGGCUCUAGUACAGGCUCAAUCGCCACACCCAGCGUCUCGUCGCAAAAGUACCGCAAGGAGGCAAUGGACUCUUUGAAGUGCAUUCAAAGCGACGUCAUGGUGAACUACCUCUACCAGCAGGCCCUCUGGAAAUCCUACGUCUCAUCCCUCGACUUAUGGCAGGGUAUCGUGCUCAAAGAGAGGCGCGGAAAAUACUCUUUUUGUCCUCCACAGUUGGAAGUCUUUGAGAAUGGUCUUCUUGAUAACGUCAAGGAGAUGAAUGUGUGUUGUGCGAUGACAGUGAGCACGCCGGUCACGAGAACGAUCUUGGAGAGUAUGCAUUAUGUGGAGCUGAACUAUGUUCCGAUGCCGAAUGGCUUGCGUGUGCAGGUUUUGAAGACCAUGUCAGAUCUACCGCGGUGUCAGAUACAUCAUUUUGCCGCGUUUCUCGAGGAUUUGAGGAUCCUUGUGGUGUGGGACGAUGACCCGGAGCAUCUGCUACAGAGGGCAGAGGACUUGGAGGCUAAGUUUGUCAAGAUGAUCUGGGGCGACAGAGAAGAACAGACCACAGAAAUUGAGAAAACAGAAGACCCGAGGGCACUGGCAGACGAAGGGACUGAGGCUGCGGACCUCGGAAAAUUGGAAGCAGGAACUGCAGAGCAAGAACGCCGUCCGGUUAGGAUCGUGAGCUCUAUCAUCGUGGGCUUUACCGUCUGUCUCGCUAUCGCAUGCAUGGGUUUGGGCUGGAGGCGCCUGGCCAUGGAGUGCAAAGUGGACAAGAACUUUCUCCGACUGGCACUGCUUGUCCUUACCCCUGUGCAACUAUUCUUCAGCAUGUUUUUCUUCCAAGCAGUCUGCGGCAACAUCAUCCAGAUGGUAGGCCCGACCAGCCAGAUCAACAGCAAUUCGAAGUACUAUUCCGGAAUGGCACCCGAGAGCCGCCUACGACGACGUGAUUUUCUUCCUCAUGUCACGAUUCAGAUGCCGGUAUACAAAGAAGGCACAACCGCGGUCAUCCGGCCGACAGUCAUGUCUCUCAAGACCGCUAUCUCGACAUACGAAAUGCAGGGCGGCACUGCCAAUAUCUUCGUGAAUGAUGAUGGGAUGCAGCUUCUAAGCGAGGAGGAGGCCCAGGAGCGUCGCGACUUCUAUGACGAGCACCAAAUUGGCUGGGUAGCGAGACCGAAGCACGAUCCUAACGGCGAGCGCCCCUUCGUGCGUCGUGGAAAAUUCAAAAAAGCGUCCAACAUGAACUACGCAAUGAGUGUAUCCAGGAGGGUUGAGGACAAGUUGCACCAUAUCCCACGCGACGACACUUGGACAGACCUCGAGGAACACCGCGCGUACGAGAGUGCUCUUGCAGAGGUCUUGGAAGAGGACAAAGGGAGGACAUGGGCGGAAGGCAAUAUUCGCAUGGGCGAUUACAUCCUUCUUAUUGACUGCGACACGCGAGUACCCAAAGACUGCUUCCUGGACGGCGUCAGCGAGAUGGAGCACUCGCCGCAAGUGGCGAUUAUUCAGUUCACGUCCGGAGUUUUGAAUGUUUCCACCACGUUCUUCGAACAAGGCAUAACCUGGUUUACGAACCUCAUUUACACAGCCAUAACUUAUGCCGUCUCAACGGGUGAUGUGUGCCCUUUUGUCGGCCACAACGCCCUCAUGCGCUGGUCAGCCAUACAAAGUGCAGCUACCUUCGAGGACGAAGACGGAUACGAGAAGUACUGGUCCGAAUCCCACGUCUCGGAGGAUUUCGACAUGGCGCUCCGACUACAGUGUGCUGGGUAUUCCCUGCGAUAUGCCGCAUACACGGGCGAUGGAUUCAAAGAAGGCGUGUCUUUGACUGUCGGCGACGAGCUUGCCCGGUGGGAAAAGUACGCGUACGGAUGCAACGAGCUGCUCUUCCACCCAUUCCGUUACUGGUUCACACGGAGUCCGUUCACGCCUCUAUUCAGGAAGUUCAUAAUGACGCGCAGCAUUCCCCUCCCCAAGAAGAUUACUAUCUGUUCGUACAUCGGGACUUACUAUGCCAUUGGGUCGGCGUGGCUGCUCACGGUGACAAACUACCUCCUCAGCGGGUGGGGGUUCGGGCUGUACGAGAAGUACUACGCCGACUCGUUCUCGAUCUUCUUCAGCGUGGUCAUGGUCUUCACGGGGCUGGGCAACCUGUCGCUGGCGGUGCUGCGGUACCGGCUCAAGAGGGGCACGCUGGUCGGGAACUAUCUGGAGAACGUGAAAUGGAUCCCAAUGUUCACCAUCUACCUCGGCGGCGUCUCAUUGCACGUGUCUCAGGCGAUCCUGAGCCACUUCUUCGGGAUAGAAAUGCACUGGGAUGCGACGUCCAAGGAGAUUCGCGACGUCAGCUUCCACGAGGAAUUGGCCACCGUCCUCAAGAAGUUCAAGGGCACGCUGCUUUUCUGCUUGGUCAGCACGCUGGUGAUACUGGUCGGCUACUGGGCUGUGCCGUAUCAGUGGCAGAUCCGGGAUUUCGCGUCGAUCUUCCCGUUUGCCAUGCUGGUGGGGUGCCAUUUCCUGCUGCCCGUCGCGCUGAACCCGGCCCUGGUGAUGUUCAGUUGGUAA